UGGCGGUGUUUUUAAUUUGAUCGCGACGGUGAACUCAAAAUAAUCGCAUCAAAAGUGCCUUUUCAAUCAAUAUUGUCUUGAUCCGAUGAUCAACCUACUGAUACAGACAAAAAAGUACCAAUCCAACUUCACUGCCAGAACGAACAUUCGCCAUAGCCUUCGAGAUGGAUGACACAGAUAUAUCGACCGACAAUUCUGAUAUCUUUGGGGACACAGGGUCCCCUCUGACUCCAAGGAUGCUAUCAGACUCCAGCAGGCAGCCUCUUACACAUAAGGUGGACCAGAUAUCAUCAACACUCAAAGACACCAACCGCAACCUCAAGUCUGUGGACAGGAUGUUGUCCUCGUAUCGUGACAUAAAUGAACAGCAGACAACAGCUAUGGACAAGCUGCGUGGAGAUAUGAACAAGACGAUGGACCAGCUGAAGGAAGAAAGGAUGAAGACGACCUUGUCCAAAAGUCACGAUCGCCCACUCAGAUCGAGCGACCUUGAUGAUGAUGAGGAAUUCAGUGUUCCUCACAGAAGGCCACCAAGGAGGAGAGCUUCACCAUUUCAGAGAGAUUAUUCGAGUGAUGCCGAGUACCGUGGGCGGAGUCACAGGCGGCCUGGAGGGCCCGGUGUGAGGUUCCAGGAUGACACAUUGCCGCCAGACCAGAUCCAUGAGCUUCACCAGUCACUCCGUGAGCUCUCCACCAAUCAGGAACGCCUGCGUGAUGAACUCAAACAGGAGCUGGAGAAGCGAGGAAGCCGAUUUAAAGCAAGUAAGGCAGACUCAUUACCGAGUUCUGAUCCUAACGCAGAAAGAGAUGAAAUAGAGAAUCGACGACACAUACAUGAUCUAAGUGACAAUCUGAGAAGAUCACAUUCCGAUACAAAUAUGAGUGUUGAACGCCGCCUUGCUGCGAUCCAGGAUGAGUUGAAAAGUGAGCGCCGGUCGUUUGAUCAGCGCAGAAAUGAGCUUGGAAAGUUAUCGUCAGAACUCCGCACUGCUUUGACUCAACACCAACAGCAGCAACACCAAGCUAGCAGUCUGUCCGCGUCGGCAACAGCAGAGGAACAACUGUGGAGGAGUAAACUAAGUCAUGCGGAGUCGCAAAAGAGGCAGAUGGAGACAGAUAUGGAGAACAUCAAGAGGAGAUUUGAUCAGUCGGAAGGGAGCAAGACAGCGCUCAUGAAACAGAUGGAUGAGUUGCGGCAGCAGUUGUCUCAGGCAGAGAGGGAGAGGAGCCAGAUGAGGAACAGGGUGGAGGAGAUCAGGACAGAGGAGGACAUCAAGGAGAGGAAGAGGUUAAAAGCUGUCCAAGAAGAAAAAGAAUACGAGAGGAAAUCCCUGGAGAAAGAAAUCCAUGACUUAAAGGUGCAACUGACCAGAUCCACUCAACAUGAUUCGGCCGAGAUCGAGGACUUGAAAAGACUGCUGGACCGGACGGAGAGACAGAGGUCACAGAUGUCAGACCAUGUCGAUGUUUUAAAAAAGGACGUAGAAAAUAAGGAGAAGCAUACUCUGAAGCUGAUGACGGAACUACAAGACGUGAAGGUGAAACAAGAACAGUGUGAGAGACAGCGUGACUCCUCCAUGUCACAGUUGGAGGACGCGCUAAGGCAGCUGCGGGACGUGACACGUGAUGUUGAACGAUAUAACGACGAGUUGAAGAACACCGAGCGACAGUAUCAUGACAGUGAGAAGAAGAGGGAAGAGAUGAGAUGCAAGGCUCAGGAGACAGUCAAAAUGUGGAAGUUAAAGUGUAAACGCCUUGAGAAGGAAGUGGAUAAGUAUCGAGGUGACACAGACGGACUCAGCACCAAACAGGAACAAUUGCUCAAGGAGAAUGAAUGUCUCAAAUGCCAUUUGAACACUGCCAAACAUCAACUGGAAAACAUGAAGAAAGAAAUGGGGGACAUUUUGUCAUGCCGUGCUCAACAAGAAGAACAACUAAGACUCAGGGAUAAUGAACUUUGUGAUGUGCAAGCGCUCAAGCAUGAUUUAGAGAAGGAUGUGAGAGAUUACAAAUGCAUGAAUGAUAGAUUGAAGGAAGAGAUCCACUCUCUGGAGAUGACGAUAGCAACAUCAAGAGAUGAAAAGGGACAUCUAGAGGAGAAACUAUCGACGGUGCAAGCCUCGAACCUUGUUGCUCAAGAUGAAAAUAAGUCAUUGAGGAGGGAAAUCCAAGAAGUAGGGGUCCAGAAAGCAGAACUCUCGGCUCAGCUCAACGAAGUGCUUUUACAAAGACAAGAACUCAAGAAAAGUCUACAAGACUGCCAUAGAACAGAACAAAAUCUCAGGGAGGAAAUAUCUGCACUUACUAGACAAAUGAGAGAGGACAGCGAAUGCCACUUGGCCACUGUAGAUGACCUACGGAAGCAGGCAGAGGAGGCCAAAUGUCGAGAAGCACGAGUUUGCCAAGAUAUCAACCGCCGUAUGAAACGAGACCAAGCAGAGUAUGAGGCUCAUGUACAGGCACUCCAGAUUGAAUUAUCUGAAGAAAAGUCCAACAUCAAGAUCAUGAAACGGCAGGAUGACAAAUUACGCACGGAUGUUGAUAGGCUACAAGAGGAGGUGAACAGGCUGGAAGAUGAGAACAUGAGGGUGAAGAGGAAGCUACAGAAGACAAGACAGGAGAUGGACACCAAGUUACAGAUUGCUGAUGACGACCUCUCAAAGUCGAGAAGAAUUGAACAAGAGGUGAUGAGUUUGCGAGACAGUCUCAAAAAGUUAGAGAGAGAUCAAAGAAACGUGUUGCAUACAGUUGGAUCAGAAAUCGAUGCUGUGGUCGAGAUUGCCUCGUUGGGUUCAGCCGAGGCGUAUAAUUCCAUCUCCAUAUCGAAGGCAUCAGUGUCGGAUCCCGUCUCUUGGAUGGCUGAAAUGAAGAGUAAACUUCAGUGGUUACGUAGCGAGGUACAGCACAACAAAGAAAAGGAGCAGCGUCUGAAAAUGGAUGUGAAAGAUGUCGUCCAGAGUAGCGAUUCGGAUCGCAAACAUCUCGUCUCGGAGCUUUAUAAGCAGCAAGAUGUCGUGGACGAUCUGGUAUUGGAAAAGAACAUCCUGGAGAGAAAGGAACAGGCUAAGUUAGACGAGGUGAUCGCCUUGGAGGAACAGGUUCUGGAGCUGUCUGAUACGCUACGACAUCAGAAGACCAACUCGCUGGUGAAGUCAUUGGAGAUGGAGAGGGAGAAGCAGCAUAUUAUUGAUGACAUUGAGGACAUCAAGGAUUCUCACUUAGAACGGGAGCGUAUACAAGAAAGAUAUGAAAGGUUACAGAAGAUGGUGUCAUCCCUGAAGGAUGAACUGGCUGACACAAGAAAAACAUCAAGUGAUUAUAAGACGGCAGCCCUUGAAGCUGAACUCCAUGCUGUCCGAUCGACUGCCAGAAGUCCCAUCUCGUCACCAAAGCCACGUCGCAGAGUGCGCAUAGACCACACGCCCCCGACAUUAGAUUUACCUACCUCUAGACCAAGAGACAGGUCUCCAUCGCCCACCAGAAGUGCCCUGCGUUCAUACAGCCGCAGUCCCUGCCGCAGCCCGAGCAGUUUAAGCCCGGUUCGCUUCAGAAGUGUCAGUAGAAGUCCCAUCCGUAGUCCCAGGGCAACGAGCCCGUUGAGAACGAGCAGUCCAAGCCGUUAUUCUGCCAAGACACCUCCUCCUCUUGCGAUGAGUGAUGAAGAGUUCCACCGCAAGUUUGUACCUGCCUCUCCAAGAUUGUGUGAGCCUCUGGACGAUUAUUGAUUGAUUGAAAUUGGAAGCGCUUGUGGGUGAUGCAAAUUAUGCAGACAGUAUUGGAUCAUCAUGUAAUUUGGUAAUCUAUUUUUUGAGUAAUCACAACUGCCUGAUAUUCACAUUGCAUUGAGUCUAGUUGUUUGAAAGAGCUGUGAAGUCUGAUUCCUAAUGCCAAAGCAAUUCCUGUCAUUCCAAGCUCCUCUUCAUGACCCUGUAUUUGCCUUCAGGUGACGAUGCAUGUCGACAGUUGGCGCCUGUUGCCACUGUAGACCAAAUACUUUUGCAAAACAAUAACAGUUGUGAAAUAUUGGGAAAUGAGGGGGAGCUUUUAAUGUUGUUGCAUGAAUUUUAUUUUCUGGUAAGAUGUGUGAAAUCAGUCAUGCCUUAUGAUACCAGCUCAAGGAUUUUUUUAUUAUUUGUAUGAUAAAAAGAGCCUUAUGAAGGAGGCUCUCCUUCAAUUUUUUCUGCUUAUUUUCGUUGUCUGGAAUCUUUUCUGCAGCAAGACUAAAAAAAAUUGAAUCACAAGUGAACAUGGAGUAUGAAUUGGUAGAAGGAGUUUCUUAUAAGGUCUAUGCUGUGUAAAAAGUCUCAGAUAAUUACUGGCUGGUCCAGCAGGUUGUAAAGUUAAUUUUUUUUUCUUUAAAAAAAUGCAAAUCAAAGUAUAGACUGGGGGGGGGGGGGGCUUAUCACCGCUGUGUGCAACAAAAAUAUCCCUUGUUAGCGGGUGAACCUGGUAAUUUCUGGGUUUUUUUAGUGAGAAACUUGAGAUUGGAUACUAGUAUGAGCCACUUGAACUAUCAAAUUUGAAGUCAUGCUCAAGGGUAAAAUACAUCUAAUAUUUAUUUAACUAUCAUUACUAGAUUUUUGAUACAGUAUUUUGUUUUCUAUGCUAUUGUUUUCUAUGCUACUUGCUUUAUGUGCCUGUUUCUGUAUGUAUAUCUAGAGUAUAGGUAUUUUAUUUGCUAAUAAAGAUUAAAGCUGUCUUUAAAGCAACGGUGGACAGUGUCUAUAAGUCUUAAAGCACAAGUGAAGAUAGGUGGAAUAAAAUUAUAAAAUUUCAAUGUUCCCAUCCUAUUUUAUUCCAAUCUUACUUUAAUGAGAUUGGGAAAUUGAAGUUCUAUAAUUUUUUCUUAGAAGUACAUCAAAAGUGUCAUUUCAAUAGCAGAAGAUAAAUAUCAUUAUUGUAGUUUAUUUCAAUUAGUCAUAAAACUUGCUGGAUUGGUGUCCUGUCCGAAAUGGGUUAAAUAGGAUCAGAGAGUCGACAUAUUUCAAAUGGUACGUAUGGUGAUGACGUUACAUGUCCCAUAAAUCUGUACUUGAACAUAGUCUAUUACAUCGGUGGACAUAAUUGGUAAAUUCAGCAGACGUCAUGUGUUGCUGCUGGCAUUUGGCAAUGAAAAUGAUUUGUGUAACGACUGAUUUGGUUGGCUGAUGAAAUUGUCUGAUUUACGUGCUUUAGGCCAGGUCAUAAUUCGUUGGUUGGCGAUGUGUGAGAGAAGCAACUGGUUGCAUGUACUGCAUGACUCCUUGGGUUUGAUUUUACAGCAAAAGAAAUUGAAAACCUCUUUUAGAAUAGGCACCGCUUUAAUGUUGUUUUGAAUUUUAAAGGUCGAGUGCCUUAAAGGACCUCUUCUGUCAGGACAAAUAUUGGCUUGAAAUGGUUUGCCUCAUUGCCACUAGGGGUGCCAGGAUCUUACCCAGUGUACAUAAUAAUGCAAACUGUGUGUAUAUUGCAUAAUAACACCUUCUACAAUACGAUGAUGCCAAAUGAAUAAUCCAAGUUAAAUGCUACCGCCACUUGCCAGUGUUGGCUGAACCAUCCCAAACCAGGUCGAUUUCCAAACAUAAGGGCCAAUUUGAUAUCUAAAUUGACUAUUCAGUGGCAAUACAAUGCCAGAAAUGUUAUAUUCCUGUGCCACAUUUACACAGCAAACCUUUUGUCGUAUUCACGCCUUGAUCUGAUUGCACAAUCGGCAGAAUUUCUCAUUUCCCGGCAAAUACGGCUGUUAAGUCUAUAUACUCAAUGUAACAAUAUUUCCAUUGUUUCCAGUCUGAUGACUCUGCUUCACUUAAACACAUUUUGAUUAUCUCUAUCCUCCCGGAUGGUAGAAGACAAAUAUCAAUAAACUUAUGAAACUUGUAGCUCAGGCGAUAAAUGUCAUAUUUGAUGGAAUGCCACACAAAUUUGUUAGUUUUUCAUUCCAGUUUUCGAUUGUGACAUCCCGUUGUGGUUUGAUAUUUUCUUUUUUGGUUGCUUGUCAAUAUUGACGUUGGCCUUUGCCAGUUUCCCCACUAACUGCUGUAAUAAUGAUACAUUUUACUUUAAUAUUUUUGAAUAUUUGUUAAUUGUGCAUGGGCGAGUUGUGUAUUCCUGGGGAAAGUUAAAUGUUAGCAUUAGCUCAUUUGGGAAAACUGCACUAAAGAUGCCUUGAUAAUGGUAGAUGGCAGUUUCACACUUCUGAUAAAGUCUGCAUUCACAAGGAAACCAAAAGGCCCAUCCCAUUCAUGUGAUUCCACCUUUAUACUCCUAAAAACUUGUAUGAUAGAACCACCAGAAAUUUAAACCUUAAACUAUUCUGACAAUGAAAUUCAAUUGAAUUGAUCCCCAUUUACCUCCAAUCUCCAUUAUGAUAUGGCAGAGUAAACUCCCCAGGUACGUCACUCAUCAUCCUUUAGAUACUUCCUUCAUGGUUAAGGGAGGGAGUGUAAUAGCUGAGUAGUGCAUGUGUCUAACUGAGGGACUCUGGACUCAUGUCGGGUCGAAAGGAAAAAAAUUCAGAUUAAAUCCUGUCCACUAUAAACUCUUUACUCAACCUGUCUUCCUGUGCUGUAGAUACUUGUAAUUUGCUUCAGAAUCUGUUUAAAGGUUUAGUUUUAUUCUAUUGCAUAAUUUCAUAUGUUUGUACAAAUCUUUAUAUUGGCUAUUUAUGAUGAUCAUAGUUAAAAGAUAUGUAGAUGUUUUAGAUUAUUUGUUGCAUUGCUUGUAUACAGUGAGGGGUGGUACAAAAUAUUUGCAAAAGUUCAGUGAGCACCGGAUAGAGUGUUUUUCACUACUUGAUUAUGGGAGUGGGUUAUCUUGAUACCCCACUUCCAUAAUUAAGUAGGUAAAACUGUACUCAUGUGAAGUGCUACCCCUAAAAGAAUGAAGAUGGUAGCUGUUUUGUAAAUUUAUAAUGGAGCUGUAGCUAUAGUUGUUUGAGACAAGCAUAGGUUUUUAGAUAUGAUUAUGUGAUUGUAUCACAUUCCUCUUUUAUAAAGUAUUUUUUUCCAAUAAAAUAUAAAAGAUAGAUUUUA